AUGCCUCGGAGGAGGGGGUUGCUGCACCUCCAUCGCGGAGAGGGGGCAGGAAAAGGGCUGCCAGAGCUCCUGCUCUGGCCACUGUGGAGGAGGAAGAACAGGAGCAGAGCGCACCCGACCCACCAGCAGACACUGCUCCCAGAGCAACACGCACUCGGAGAGGGAAGGCCGCUUUACCAGCAAUUGAAGGAUGCUGAGGAAGCCGAAGCCCAGACAGCGGAGGAGCCUGCACCGACAGAGGUCAAUGCGCCAGCGCGCAAGAGGGGCCGCACUGCAAAGAAGGCAGCGGCUGCAGCUGAGGAGGAUGCGCCAGCCACUGUGCAAAAUGCAGAAAAUGCUGUGGCAGAUGAGGCAGCUGAAGAGCCUGUGGCUGACACUGGCAAAGCCACUCGGGGAGGCGGUAGGAAGCGAGCAAAGGCAGCAGAAGCGGAUGCAGGCGAGGAGGCUGGGGCUGCCUCACCUGCACAAGAGGCAUCACCGGAUGCAGGGACCAACCAGGGGGAGCCCGAAGAGGCAACGGUGACUCCCCACUCGCUGCCCAAGAGGCAGACACGACGCGCAGCCAAGGCAGACAAGCCAGCCGACGCGCAGCAGCCGGUGCAAGCUGGCCGGCGCACCCGACAGACCUCCAAGCCUGCCCAGCCAGCAGAGCCAGCACACACAGACACACCUGCAGAGGAGGCCGCAGCUGACGAGGCUGAGCUGGAGGAGCAGGCACCCCAGCCGGCAUCACCAGCAGUGGAAGAGGCGGCUGCGCCGAAGGCAGCCCCACCGAAGAAGAAGGGCCGGCCGGCGGCCGUGAAGCGCGCCGCAGCGCCGCCCGCCGCCGCGGAGGCAGCCGAGCCGGAAUCGGCGCCGGCAGAUGAGGCGGAGGAAGGCGCGACCCCGGCGUCUGCCGUGGGCGGCCGGCAGCCGCGCAAGGCAUCGGCCAGGGGCGUCUCCGGGGCUUCCGUGAUGACAGUCGAGGACACGCCCGUGCAAGCUCGUGCAGACAAGGCACCGGCAGCGGACGCCCUCGUGGCAGAGACGCCGGAUGCAGCUGCCGUCCAGCACACUCCAGCCACCCAAGCCGGUAAUAUGGGGGUGGCGACAGAGGAGGAGCAGGCAAAGCCGCAGCCGGUGCCUGGGACAACGCGGCGCACAAGGGCACAGGUCGCCACGGAGGCACCUGUGCCGACCACGGCGCGGCGGACGCGCGGCCCAGCGAAAACCGCGCCGGCUGUGAAGGCCGCCGAGAGGGCGGCUGAGGUAGACUCCGACGCGGACGACAACGUCCAGAUCGUGCUGAGCGAUGCGGAGGACGCCGCCGAGCAGUCAGAGCCCGAGGCGCCCGCGGCAGCGGCCAAGUCCCCAAGCCCGCCAAAGUCUUCAGCCAAGGAACUGCCACCUUGCAGCAGCCGCAAGUCGCGGCAAGCGGCGACUCCGCCGCAGCCGGAAGAACUCGCUGACGCGCCGUCGCCCGCCCCGGCCGCGCAAGCUGGGCUGUCUGCGCCCAACCCCAGUGCUGCAGCCACGGUUGCUGGGGAAGGACCAGGGGCGCCGGUACAGGAACAAGACGCGGCUGCAGUGCAGGCAGCUGCAAAAGAGGACACGGCAAAGCCGGCACGGCGCUCGACAAGAGCUUCCAUGCGCGACACGGCGGCGCAGCUGCUGGCGCCGGCCGGCCGGCUCAGCGACAAGGACAGCGCCUCGGCGGCGGCCGAGCAGGAAGCUGCCACAGAAGCUGCCGCGCAGGGGCCAGCUGACCAGGACGACGAGGACGAUGUGUUUGAGGAGGCGCGCGAUGAGGUGUUUGAGACGCCGUCCAGCCACGGCGCGUUCAGCAUGCCGGGGUCGGGCCCGGCGACGUCGUUUGCGACCGCGCGGCAGCAGGCCACCGCCUACAAGACCGGCCUGGAGCGCAUUCCCAACAGUGCAGUGAGCAGCGGCAAGCCUGCCUUCACCAGGCCGGGCCUGCAGGGGCCGCUGGCUCGAGCAGCUGCGGCCACGGCUGCCGCGGCAGCUGCGCAGAAGGCGCAGCAGCAGCAGACCGGGCGUGAGGGCUCCAGCAGAGGCGCACAACGAGUGGCCGUCCCUGCUGCCACCACAGAGGCUCCAUCGCAGCCGACCAGCGGAGCAGUGGGAAAGCUGAGGGAGGCGUUCGAGGCCAAGUCAGGCGCUGCAGCCAGGUCGCAGCCUGCUGCCGCAGCCGAGGACGACGCCGCGCUGCAGCCGCCACCGGCCGGCGCGGCCGAUACCGGCGGCGCUCCAGAGCCACCGACGAGCACUUCUGCUGCUGCUGCUGCUGUAGAGGACCAGGCUCAAGAGGAGGCUGCGGCCGCUGCCACCGACAGUCAGGAGGCGGCCGGCGCGGCAGAGGAGCCGGGUAGUGGUGACAAGCAGAAGGCCAAGGGCGGCCUUGGUGCAAAUCUGGUGUCCACCGUCCGAUCCUUCCUGCCCUAUUUGUCCAAGCCCACCGACGCCCCCGCGCCCCCCGCUGCCGGCAAAAAGACCGUCAAGGUGAAGGCAUUGGAGGCGGCGGAUGCAGCGCGCAGGAAAGAGGCCCAGCGUGCGGCAGAGCGUGCGCAGCAGCGGCAGCAGAUCGAGGCGCAGAAGGCCGAGCGGCUGAAACGAGCGCACGAAGCCAAGGCGGCACAGGCAGAAAAAGAAGAGGAGGCGCGCCGACUGGCCCAGGAGGCUCUGAAGAAGAAGGAAGAGGAGGCAGCUGCCAGAAGGCACGCCAAGGAGGAUGCUGAGAGGAAGGAGCGGGAGGAGCGCAUCAAGAGGCAGGAGGAAGUGCGGCUCAAACGCAAGCAAGCCGAGUUGGAGAAGGCGGCGGCGGAAGAGAAGGCAGCCAAGGCUGCGCAUGAGGAGGAAGAGCGAAAGCGAAAGGCCGCCAAGCACCAGCAGCAGGAGGCCGAGGUGAAGAAGGCGCGCAUGCAUGCGCCCCUGCAGGCCCCACCGCGGCCGGCCGCGUCGACCGCCCCGGGUGCGAGCACGGCCCCGGUGCAGCGCCCAGUCGCCGUGCCAGCAGCGGCUGCGCGUGCGCCCGUCGCGGCGGAGGCGACAGCCGCCAAGUUGGCGACCCGGCCGGCCAUGGUGGCGCAAGCCGCCGCCGUGCCGGCUGCCGGUGUGGCCGCCACGUACGUGCCGCAGGCGGCGGCGACCGGGAAGGGCUCCGGAUCCGGCGCGUCUGCGGCGACGGAAAAUGCGACUCGGCCGUCCGGCAGCGGCUCGGAGCAGUUUGAGUCCUACACAAUGUCUCCGUACAGGAGCGACUCGGACGGGAGCGACAGCGAGGAUGAUGAGCGCAAGAAGAAGCCGAUUCCCAAGUGGGCACGGGGUCAGGCUCUGGCGCAGGCGCUCGCCUCCCAGAACGCUGUUGACCCGGACGAAAUCUUCAAGCUGCACCAGAAGACCUGCCCACUCAAUGAGGUCUUCUCACACCCCACAGGGCCGCCCAAGAAGGACCUGAGCAGACGCACCAGCAGCGGCAACUGGAUCGAGGACAGGGUGACCUGGAAGGAGGAGCUGAAUUACAAGAAGGCCAUGGGCUACCUGUAG